AUGAUCAAUCGACACCAACUCAGAUAUAUUUACCUUUUCUUCUGGCUGUUUAUUGUCGAAAUUCAAGCUGGUGUCCUCGACGACGCUAUAAUUAUAAAAAAUGCCAACACGACACCAAUCUUUUUUCGCUGGUCACAAGGAUUUGAAUUGAAUGGUCAACAAAUUCGCUGUGCCACAGAUCAAUCAUCAGAAGACCCUUCUGGUCGUUUUCUUGAAGCUUACCCGGAAACGAAAGAUGAUGUAUACUUUCCACGUCCUCCUGAUGAUAGUCAACGCUAUCUUUGUAACAGCAAUUCUUCGCUAUUCAUGUACAAUCCACAAACUCGUCGCGUACGUCUGGUCGGCAAUGGACAUUGUCUCGUGGUAAAUCANAACGAACAGCAACGAAUGAGUCAACAAGCAGUCUCAUUUGGGGUAGUGAAUUUCGUUUCGUCCCCGACAAUAACAACAGGAGCAACAUGGCACUCCGCUUUAUUUCACCAACAGAUGGACACGAAUGGACUAUCUACAAUAAAGGUUAUAUGUUCAUUGUGGCCGAUAUCAUUCAGCAGCGAGUAG